AUGGACCUCAGUACUGGCAAAACGAAGCUGGUGGCCGGCCAAUAUCAUUCCAAGUACGAGUUUGCCGAUGACAUCAGGUUGAUGUUUAAUAACUGCUAUAAAUACAAUGGUGAGGACAGCGACGUAGCGAAAGUUGGGAAGCUUUUACAAGCGAUAUUUGAGGAAAGUUUUGUCAAAGUACCCGACGAUGAAUCAGGGGUUGUCCCUUCUCCUGAUCGGUCGAUUGAUCAAAAUCUCUAUCAGCUGAUCCAAAAUGCCAUAAAAGGACACCAAAGGCUUACUGUUCGGUUCCAGAGGUGCAAUGAAGAGUUGUAA